AGUAUUCAGCAGUCUAAGUUGAUUCUGCAAAACUUUUUCAGUCAAGUUCUUUAAUAUGAAGAAGCUCUUGAUCAUCGUAGCCCUCGUGGGACUCUUAUCUUCUGGAGCCGAGAGCUUUAAGGUUUCACAGAAGGAUUAUGAGAACAUUGAUCGAAUGUUGGAAUUUGGGGUUCAGGUUUUCUUGAACUGUUUGGACAAAGUUAAAGAGGCCACUGAGAAAAUGAUGAAAGAUGAUAUGAUAAGAACAAACAGGAUUGCAAUUCAAAAUAACUGGAAUUCCUUCAAAGAGACAGCGAAUAAAAUCAGUGUUGAGGAAAGAGGUAAAGAUGUCCAGGAUGAUUUAGUUGUAGCAGCACGCACUGUUCGAAGGCUGGUCCUCUUCUACAAGGAUGAUGUCAAAAACAUGAUCUAUUCAUUUGCAACAGAGAGGAAUGUCCCGAUAUACCAACCAGUUUUGAGCAUGUUCAAAGGGACCAUUGAAAAAGCAAAAGUGAAUGAGGUCUGGGGCUCUUUGGCUACAAACUAUUUUCCUGAUGCUCCACCGAUUCAAAGUGAACCCUUGGAGUUUCUCUGUUACCUGCUCUCCACUAACGUGAUGGAAACAGUCAUUGUGAAUGUUCUUAAGUAUGGAGUGGAUCUGAUGUCAGAAAUAAAAAAGAUUGAUUUUGAUGAACUCUCUGAAAGGGUAAAGACUGUCUUAAAUAAUGUCCUUGAGAAGUUGGACGAAUUUUAUAGAAUUGAGCGUGAGAAAGAAGAUGAUGAUUUCCUUCUCAAAAUAAGUACUAUUGCUAAAACUGCCGUUUUUUACUGGGAUCGAUUUCUGAACUCUACAGACACACCUUUAUUGGAGAAACAGUAUGAAGAAAUUAAAAGCAAACUACGUGACCAAAAGGUGGGGGAAACACUAGAAGAACUCCUAAAACCAAUAUUUGAUUCUGAACCAGUAAAAUCAGUUGUAGAACUUCACUUUGAUUUUUAUCAGGAGUUUUAUAUUAUGGCUGGCCUGACUACAUAUGUUUUGAUCGUUGAUGGUUCAGGCAGGGGUGUAAAGACUGUAAGAAUUGGGUUCAUGUCUGCUGUAGUUAAUUCAUACCCCAUUUAUGAAAAACUUUGUGAAAUGGGUGUGUUUUCUGCGAUGAAAAAACAGUACUUAAGAGCUGUGGAUGUUGCUGUUGCUCUGGCAGACACUGAAGAGUUUCAGGCUUUUAGAGAGGAGUAUUAUGAAAAAUGGAAGUCAUUCAGAGAGGAACUCAACAGACUUACUAAUGAAGAGAGAAGACAACUGAAUAAUGUAUUUCCACAGCUGCGGGCUUCUCUUCGAAUGUUCCUGAACAAAUCUGAAGAAAUGGUCAACAAAAUCAACGCAGAAAUUGAUGAUAACACAUUGACAUCCCUGGGAAUGAACUGGGCUUUUACAAGAAGCCUGUGCAUUGAAAAACUACUGGACAAUGGAGUCCUUACUCAGGAUCGACUGGAUGAAGCUGAAAGAAUAUUUCAAGAUGGUAUAUCGGGAUUCCUUGGCAAAUAUGAAGAGCUGACUCAAGGCAUGGAAAAACAGAAGGUUGAAGAUACAUUUAAGGCUCUGCUCAAAGUGGUGAUGGUGGGACUUAACCACAUGUAUACUUCACUAACUCAGACUUGGGACUUCGUAGCCAUCUAAUCAAUCAGACAGGAAGUCCUCAUUUAAAACGUAUUUCUUUAUUAAAUAAAAUGUAUGCAUUUUGUUAAAAACUGUUCUAGAAGGUUUCCAAUAUUUUUUAAGGCAUGAACUAAGGGUAAUACUGCAUUUGGUAUACUGUUUCAGGGAGACUAGUUUAUGGUCUGUUUGAGUGCAAGAACAAUUUUAAGUUUGUAGUAAAGAAUAUGAGUUUAAUCUCAUUACUUGUUCGGGCCUUAAUCAAUGAUGUGAAUUUGUACUUGCCUAUAUUGAUUAUGUAUUGUUUCACUCAACAAAAAAAAAAAAAACUUUUUUCCUCUAUUUUUGAACUGGAUAAUUGAACAUAAGUUCAAAAUAAUAAUACACAAAAUUUAUUUGUGUAUAUUUGUGUGUACAGUUCUUUGCAAAACAAAGAGAUGCUUUGUUUUAUUCCUUUGUGGUUGUAAAUAAAUGAAUUGUCUGCA